AUGAUUACUAAAGAUGACAUCAACAAAAUAGCAAAUGUCUUCUCAACGCUGCUUUUUAAUGCAGAAAACAAGAAGAUUGAAGAAUAUGCUAUUGAUGUACUACAUACUUCUGAGAAUAAACUUGGAGUAAAACAAAUUCUGAUUAUCGACCAUGCAAAAGCUGGAGAAAAGGCAGCUGUUUUUCGAAACCAAGUAUUAAGUCUACGCUCUAAAGAGAUUUCUUCGUUAAAAAUUGAAAAUACUAUUGAAGAUCCGAGAUUAUUAAUCGAACUAUUACAACAAGCAAGUAAAGACAAAACAAUAGAGCGAACACUGUACAAAAUAUCCAAAUGGGAAAAGUAUCAGAUGAUUGCUUACAACAGAAUUCAUCCAAUUUCAACAUUUCCUGAAGGAGACAGUUCAAAUAACAAUAUUUCUUUAAAACUACAAGAAAGAUACAUUACAUCAGAAAAAUUACAUCUUUCUUCAAUUUCUGAUUAUCUAAAACAAGCAAACUCAGAGUUAGGAUUACAAAUACGAACAUUUGCAAUAGAGAUAGAGUCUCUUACUAAUCCACAAACAGAAAUACCAGAUUUCAUAGAUAAAAUGCGCAACAAAUUGAUAUCUUUCCUUAAAAACGAAGCAAAUACUCCAAAAAUUAAACCGAUUUUUAACUAUACAACAAUUGAUGAAUACAAGUUUAAUAAGGAAACAAGCUCAUCUAUACUUCUAGAAGUCAUCCAGGAGUCAAUGCCUUUCUUUACAAUUGAACAUCUCGAUUUAUGCAUUGAAAAGUACUUGUUUUCAUUGAUUCAUAACAUAAUAUUUGAUAAAAUCAAUUUGAAAGAGGAUGAUGACAUGAUUGAACAAAAAUAUCAAGAAUUUGACCAAUUUUCUCCUUCAGAAAUUGGAAUUUCAAUUUCAUUGAUGGCUUGCAACGAUAAACUAUUCAAAGAUGUCAUUGAAAAACUAAAAGAAAUUGAGAACAUGAAGAAUCCAACAUCAAAACUCAUUCAAAUCUAUUUAUCUGUUGAAUUAUUGUUAAAUCAAUUUGCAAAAUCAUCAAAUUCAAGAGCAGGUGUUGAUGACAUCACUGAUAUAUUAUUAUAUUGUUUGAUUCAGUCCAAAAUUCCAAAGAUUUGUACAGAAUUAAGUUUUAUUAACAUGUUUUCAAGAAAAAGAUUGAUGCAAACAGCUUUUGGAGCUCAUUUCAUGUCAUUCUAUGCUGCAGUUGAAAGAUUGAAGACAUUUAAGAAAGAAGAUUUAAGUCAUCAAAAAUUUAUUUAUAUUCCAGUAGAAAAUCCCUCAGAAGGUUCAAUAAUAUUACCAGGAUAUAUCAAUUGUGUUUCUCCUUCAUCUUUUUAUGAGAAAAAUUUUGAAGAUAAAAAUAUUUCUGUGAAAUCAAACGAAAAUGAUAAAAUUUAUGUCAAGAAGAUAAAAUUGGAGGAUGCAGUACAUUAUAUCUUCAAGAAAUACAAACAAAACCACUUUAAAAUCCAAAAUUUAGAAAAUGAUAACACAAUUUUACUUUUUACAGACAGUAUUAAUGAUUUAUUACCUUUCAGAGAUGAAGAUGGUUUCAUACAUGCUAUAAAAUUAUCACAGCUAUGCUUUCUUGAUCAACUUUCUCCAAAUGUUUCUCUUUUUGAACAUUUUUCAUUAAUUCAGGACAAAUUCAAUAUCAAAAAUUUUAAUACUGAUGAAAUAAUUCCACUUUGCAUUGAAAAUGUCUCAAAAGAACUGAAAGAUUUUGGAUUUAUCAAAGAUUCUCAUGAAAAUUCAAUUGACCAUGAAUUUAUUUCCGGAUUGAAUCAUUUUGUAAAAGAGUUCUUAGUUGAGAAAGACAUGAUUGGCUUAACUCCACUUCUUUGCAAAGCUAUUCAUGAUAUGUGGACGAUGUGGACUGCAGCUUUUGAUAUCCCAACUAUUACAGGUAGAAAACAAAUAUAUUGGAGAUAUCCUGUAGUAAUUCUUCAGUAUUUAGCUGGAAUUGAAAUUACGGGUUAUUUAGAUACUGAAACACGAAAAUUAUUUAGAAGCUUGUGGGAUAGUUAUGAACUAUCCCCAGAAGAGAAAAUAUGUUUACAGAAAUUGCUAUAA